CAAGGUUGCUGCUCGGCCUUUCAAUGGGCGGGCCAGGGCCAUGGCUCCUGAUUCUCGAUUCCUGUGCCUUCUUCUCAUAUUGCAGGUGAAAGCGAGUCCUCCAUGUGCCAAAGAGGGUGUGAUCUACAAAGACCCAGAGGUCUCCGAUGUGGGCCCCAAUGGUGCAUGGGUUUUGGAUGCCGACCAGUGCCAGAAUUCCUGCGAAACCAGACCGUCCUGUUCCUAUUUCUCCUUUGUCCCCAGCAAUUUGCCAGGAGCAGGUGAGUGCUGGCUUUUAGGCAAGAAUGCCAAAGCAGAAGAGAGAAAAGGAGUCAUAAGUGGUCCGCAGGUUUGUGCUGAGGAUCGAGUCAGCUCGAUCAACGCAUGCGGCAUGCUUGAACACCAAUGCCCAUCCCACUGGAGUGCCGAAGGUGCCGGAGGCUUUCUCUGUAUUUCAGGCCAAUCCGUAGGCGCGUGCCGCCAAGCAGUACACGGACCUUUCCCGGCCUCAGACUGCCAGGCACAAUGUAGCAUUGGCAGUGUCGACCCAAAGGAUUUGCAGGAAGCCGCGAAAGAAGAGGAAGCUGCAGCCAAGGCAGGAACUGCUGCGGCAUCCGAGGCACAGGCCCAAGAUGACAAGGGAGAAGAUGGCAAGGAUGCAGAACACUCCAAAGAACAGUCUGGCUACUAUUACGGAACGGCAGACUAUGGUGGCUAUGGAGAUCAUCAGGCUGAGAUGGACGAGUGUGGAGACAGUGGCGCACACUGUCCUUCGCACUGGCUCGAGGAUGCAAGUGGAGGCUACCUUUGUAAGUCAGGCCACGCUCGAGGCGUGUGCCGCGAAGCUCACAGGGGACCAUUCCCAUCGCAUGCUUGUGAGGAGCAGUGCAGCAUUGGUGCUGUCCAGGGCUUGGAGGUGGAUUCAUCAAAUGCUGAAGUCCUAACCACGUGGCUGGUGGACCGCAAGCAACCUGAUGCCAGCUGGGAACCACGGACCUUGACUUUGCCCAAGAAACCUCUGUCCGAACAAGAAGAGCUGCUUCGGAUACAGAGGAUUUGGAAGGACAAGAUUCCAGCGGCAGAGAUCUUCAAAAUCCAUGUGGUGGAACCCUUGAUCAAAGAUUAUCCAGGCAGACCAUCUCUCCAUGUCCUGGUGGAAAGCAAUCCACUUGAAAGCUCAGACCGUGCUCCUGUCCUCAUGGAGGUGAAGGGCCCCAGUGAUGUUGGACAUUGGCGUGCGGGUUUCGUUCAGACCCCUGCGACUUUGGACACCAUGAAGGCUGACACUGGACACUUGCCAGAUGGUGCUCUGGUCACCGUGUAUGACCAGCAGCUGGAGGAUGGCACCUCCAAAACAGUCAUGCCCGGUGACCUCAUCACGAUUGUAGAACCACCCAACGCGAAAGAUGCUUUCUCCAGUAGCUGGACGACGGGUCACGAGAAAGAAGGUGACAUCUCAGAGCGUUUUACCGAGAAGAUGAUGGAAUGGGGUCAUAAGCUGACCGUGCUCGAGAAAAAGAUCCUGAAGGUGAUCACAGAUUCAGCUCCUCCGAAACAGCAGAGCAAUCAGGAUGGGGAAGAUUCAGGCUUCAAGAAGGUCUUGCCAUGCGUCUCUGAUAGUGCUCACCAGUGUCCUCAAGACUGGGCCAGUGGAGCGAGCGGUGGCUACUUCUGCCACUCCAAUAGCGGUUGCCGGGCAGCGGACCAUGGACCUUUUCCGUCCGAAGAUUGCGAGGCGCAAUGCUCUAUUGGCCAAGUCUUUGUGGCAGGCGGUGGCGAUGUGGCAGUGCCUUUCAAUUGUUUGUUGAACCUGAACCUUUGGAAGACUCAUUGGAGUGCAGCGAAGAAAAGCUGGUGCUGUGAGAACUCCGUAGAGGGCCAGGUGGCUUGUGCCAAGGAGGAGUCUCAUUCCGGAAUUCUUCGACGAUGUCCUGCAGAUCUGAAGACUUCAUGCCCAGAAGAUUGGACCCAGCCGCGGUCUGGCGGAGGUGGUUUCUAUUGCCAAAACACUUCAGGUUGCCGUCCCAGAGAAGAUGGACCUUUUCCGCUUGAGAGCUGCAAGGAGCAGUGCUACCUUGGUGUCACAACCAUUGGAGGCUUCCUGCCAAAGCCGGUCUUUUGGGACUGCAAGCUUGACCUCUUUUCGUGGCUUUCGAAGUGGUCUGAGGAGAAGAAGCAGUGGUGCUGUGAACAUUCUCCGGAUGCCCACAGAAUCUGCUCCAAGACCAAGGUCAACAGCGAUGCUCGCUAUUGCGAAGCCACUACUGCAGGGGGCGUUCCAUGCAAUUUUCCAUUCAGCUGGGGUGGAAGAAAGCACUAUGGGUGCGCAGUGAAGGGCAGUUGGAUGGGAGGUCGUCCCUGGUGCAUGCGAGUAGAUGGCAACUGGGCCAUGUGCGACUGCAAGGGAUCCAAGAUCAGCGACUUGGUCUCCAAAAGCGAUUCGCUCAAGCCACAUGACGCUGGGCCUCCACCUGUUCCGGCCAUUGACCUCGAUGAUUUGGGCCUUCAUAGCGUGAAGCCUUGCUUCUUUGAGAAGAACAAGUGGUGCCCAGAUGACUGGCUCACUGGAGGGAGUGGCGGCUAUUUUUGCCCUGAGCACAAAGGCUGUCGAUCCGCCGACAAGGGACCCUUUCCCGCGGAAGACUGUGAGGAGCAGUGCUCCCUUGGCAAUGUCUUCAUCCCAGGCGGUGGGGACGUUGAAGUGCCCUUCAACUGUCUGCGACAUUUGGCCUCCUGGAAGACUCACUGGAGCAAGAAGAAGAAGGAAUGGUGCUGCAAAAAUUCUCAAGAAGGUCAUGCAGCCUGCGAAGACCAGGAUGACUCGUCGUUUGGCGCUCUUCAACGAUGUCCUCGGGAUCUUCAUACUUCAUGCCCUGAGGAGUGGCAAGGUCUGAAUGCCAACAUCGGCGGCUUCUAUUGUCGCUCAGGUCACAGUAGCGGUGGCUGCCGCCCAAGUAUGCAAGGGCCCUUCCCACUCGAGAGCUGCCAGGAGCAGUGCUACAUGGGCCGAGCAACCCUCGGAGGCUUUCUUCCAAAGCCGGUUUUCUGGGACUGUGCACUGCACCUCGAUUCGUGGCAGUCCAGAUGGUCGGAGGAGAAGCAGAGUUGGUGUUGUGCACACUAUCGUGGUGCGCAUGCCGUGUGUGCCAAAAUCACCGUGAGCCACCAGGUGCACUUCUGUGAUGCCACAACUGCAGGAGGUGUUCCGUGCAACUUCCCUUUCCGCUAUAGUGGAAAGAAGCACUAUGGGUGCCUGGAUAACAACUUCUUCUCAGGCAAAUCUGGCAGUUCGUGGUGUAUGCGCGUGGAUGGCCAGUGGAGCAUGUGCGAUUGUCAGCCUGAAGACUUCGGCGUCCAUCACACCGUUCACAAGGUCAUUGAGGAUAUUGUGGUCAAACCCAACAAACUGUUUGACAAGGGCGAAUUUGCUCCUGGAAUGUUUGCUGUAGAUCCAUGUCCAUCAGACCUUGAGACGCAGUGUCCACAGGAAUGGACGACCUCGGAUUCGGGUGGUUUCUUUUGCCAUUCAGACAAGGGCUGCCGACCAGCGAAUGAGGGGCCCUUCCCAGAAGAAAGCUGUCAGGCCCAGUGUUCACUCGGCACCAUCUAUGUUCCAGGCGGCGGCGAUGUGGCUGUCCCUUUCGAUUGUACGCUGCACUUGCACCACUGGAAGAGCCGAUGGAGCCACACCAAGCGGCGCUGGUGCUGUGAGCAUUCUCAAGAGGGCCAGAUCGCUUGCGGAGCGGAGGACAGUUCCAGCGUCUCGGGUCAUCUUCGUGAAUGCCCCAAGCACGUGAGAACGUCAUGCCCAGAGGAGUGGAGUGAUCCAAGAACGAAACUUGGAGGCUUCUACUGUUAUGGUGAUGGGUCAACUCAGGGUGGCUGCCGUGAAGCAUUGCACGGACCGUUUCCAGUAGAAGAUUGCAAGGAGCAAUGCUAUAUUGGAGAGGCCAGAAUUGGAGGCUUCUUGCCAACACCCGUGCUCUAUGACUGCCAACGCCAUCUUGAUCAUUGGGAUUCCCAUUGGUCGAAGGAGAAGCAGUAUUGGUGCUGCACGCAUGAUCGCUUUGCACGUCAAGUAUGUGGGCAUAUUUCGGUGAGUCACAAAAUGGUGACAUCAUGUGAUGCAACUACUGCUGGCGGCAUUCCUUGCGAUUUCCCCUAUGAAUGGGGUGGCAAGAAGCACUAUUCGUGCACCGUCGAUAAUUCUGACAUGGGAGGCCAGCCUUGGUGUGUACGCGUGGAUGGCACCUGGGCAGAUUGCGACUGUCAGGGCUUCGGGGCACAUGUGAUCUCCAUUGAUGUGAAACGAGUGCAUCGCACCCAUCCGAUUCGACAUGAAUUUGAUCUGGGCGAUGAAGACCUUUCGGAUUGGAGACCAGAGGGUGACAAUAUCGAGGGCAUCGACAGACCGUUUGACUGCCCCGACAAGGACGCGAAAUGGACGGAGGUGAAGAAACAGUGGUGCUGCGAUGUGGAUGCUGACUGCACACCGCAAGUCAGCGAGUUCGACUGCCUCGCUGACUUCUCCACUUGGGGCUCCUCUUGGAGUCUGGAGAAGAAGGUUUGGUGCUUCACUUCCGGAGAUCACCAUGAGUUGUUCGACUGUGACGAGGGCAUCGAGAAUGCGGACCGUGGCUGGUCAUCGGACAAGCUAGAUUGGUGUUGUCGGAAGAAGCAGAAAGGAUGCAAACCACUCUUCGACUGCGACCACAAUUUGGACACCUGGGAGACUAGCUGGGAACCGAAAAAGAAACAGUGGUGUUGGGACAAGGAGCACAAAGGCUUCUACCACCCUUACAAAUGCAAGGGCACCGUUGAUGAACAGAAGUGGCCCGAAGAGAAGCAGGAGUGGUGCUGCAAGAACCAACACGUUUGUGUUCAGCACGACUAUGACUGCGAGGCAAACUAUGCAACAUGGCAAAUACAGUGGACAGCAGAAAAGAAACACUACUGUUGCCAGAAGGAGGGCAAAGGAUGCUAUGAUUGCAAUGCUGGUCUUCGCAACUGGGAAAGGGGGUGGUCACACGACAAGAAGGCCUACUGCUGCACGGAAGAGGCCAAGAACUGCUACUCCUGCCUCAAAAUCUCCGAGAGCCCCUAUUGGGGAAAGAAGCACCGGGAGUACUGCUGUGAAUCGCAGAAUGUGGCUUGCCAUGAUUGCAGUGGAGAUGUGAAGCUCUUCAAAGGCUUACAAAAGGAGUGGUGCUGCGAGCAGGAACGUCGCUGUCAUCCCGAGCUCACUACAUCCACCACGGCCAGCACCACGAACUGCCCUGAUGCCAUAAGUUCGGACAACCCAGCAUACUGCAACACUCCCAUCGGCACCUGGCCUGAAGAGAAGCGCGAGUAUUGCUGCAAGCACUAUGGACGGGGCUGCCCCCAGAAGCAGUUUGACUGCCAUGAAGAUUAUCACCAUUGGAAAGUUGCGUGGUCCGACAAGAAAAAGGAGUGGUGCUGCGCCAAGCAUCAUGUUGGCUGCAAGUCCAUGCCAAACUGUCACACGGCACCUACCUCUUGGAGCCCAGCCAAACAGCAAUAUUGCUGUGAAGAGAUCAAGGUUGGCUGCCAGCCGUAUCUCUGCCGGGAUGGGUCUUCGCCAGAGACAUGGACGCACGAUCGCCGAGCUUGGUGCUGCGCGAAGGAAGACAUUGGCUGCGUGCCGGAAGCGAAGCCGGACUUACAGCCUGAGCAACCCCAUGGACAGUAUGAUUGUUUGGAGGGUGUGUCGAGUUGGCGCGACAGCUGGUCUCCUGGGAAGAAGGAGUACUGCUGCCGCAGCAUCCAGGUUGGCUGUGUGAUGAUCUCGCCCCCAAGGGAUCCAGAAGAGCACCCGGGCUGCAGUGCUAAAUGUCAUUGGGAUUCAGAAGAAUUUUCGUGCGGCGAGCGGAUCAAGUAUGCAGCUGCCCAUCGCUUUCGUGGCCAGAAGCAUGCCUGUAUGGCUGCGCAUCAUCUAGUGGCGGGUGAAUGCGAUUUUUGCUCCCAGUGUACGGUCCAGAGAUCCGGUUGUUAUGUCUUUUGGCAUCACGAGACGCACCACACGGUCACCACGCACACGGUGGCUGAAACGCACAGGGCCUUUCACUGCGAUGAUGGGCCAGUGGGCCUGUGGCCCAAGCAGAAAAAGCAGUACUGUUGCGCGUUCCAUCGCAAAGGCUGCUCGGGGCAGCAGCAGGUGCAAGACGGGUAUGAUUGCAAUGAAGGCUUUGACAAAUGGGAAAUCAACUGGGAUGCGCGGCAGAAGGUUUGGUGCUGCAAGCACCAACAAAAGGCAUGCGCUCGCUUUCAGUGUGACCUUGACCUGUCCAACUUCCAGACUGUUUGGGGGCCGCCAAAGAAGAUGUGGUGCUGUGAGCAUGAGAAACGUGGUUGCGUACCCGGCUUCAUUUGGUUCGAUUGCAAUGAGGAAGCGGAGCAUUGGGAGAGCGUGUGGAAAGCAGAGAAGAAGGCAUGGUGCUGCUCGCAUGAAAAGAAAGGCUGCCCAGGAUGGAAAUGGACUCCACCCCAAGGAAUUCUUCAUGUGAUCCACACCACCUACACCACGCACCAUGUGGCGAAUGGUGGUCAUUGGGAUGUGGGCUUCAAGAAUUCCUGGCACCAUGAAGGUGAAUGGCAUCAAGGUCACCCUCCAGCGGCUUCGGGCGGAGUCCAUGGUGCUGCACAUGGUGCUGCGCAUGGUUCGAUCAAGUUUAACUGUCACAAAGACUCUGACCAUUGGGAAGACAGGUGGUCCCCACCGCAGAAGCACUGGUGUUGGGUGCACUACCACAUUGGCUACCACCAGCUGUUCAAUUGCCAUGUCGGACAGGCAACCGCCUGGAGCAUCCCGAAGAAGAAUUGGUGUUGCACACAGCUGAAUAUUUGCCAUAGCUCUUCAAAUGGAGCAGCCUUCGAUUGCAAUGCUGCUUUGGGCAACUGGGAGAGGGCUUGGAGUCCAGCAAAGAAGAACUGGUGCUGGACGCAUAUGCACAAGGGUGGACCUCCUGGUGGACACAAACCACCACCUCUAGCAGCGGUGCAUGUCGUGCAUCCACCUGCUGGAAGUGCUUGGGGUGCAGCAGGUGUACUUCCUGGUAGCAAGAUGCAGGGUCAAUUCAACUGCGCAGCAGCCCUGCAAAACUGGGAAGAUGCAUGGAGUCCACAGAAGAAAGUAUGGUGUUGGCGCCAUCAGAGAGUGGGAGGUCCAGAAAGAUUUAACUGUCAUACACAGGUCGCUCGUUGGUCUGGUGCCAAAAGAUCGUGGUGCUGUGAAAAUCACAGAAACACGUGCCCAGAUCGUCGCCUGUCCGAGAUCUUCACUUGAUCGUUGAAUGCAGAGGUCAUGUCCGUCCCCC